AAGCAGAGAAAUUUCUUGGGAGGCCAACGCGAUUUCACGAUUACGAAUCUCUCAUAUUGGCCGAGCUGGUAAUCGAAGGGAAGUCGAAGGUGGAAGGAGAAAAAGGUGUGAUCAGAUUUGAGCAAUGGAUGCAAUAAGGAAACAAGCGAGCAGGCUGAGGGAACAAGUCGCGAGACAGCAGCAGGCUGUGUUCAAGCAAUUUGGAGGAGGAGGACAUGGCUCUGGUUUAUCCGAUGAUGCAGAACUCCAUCAGCAUCAGAAACUGGAGAAGCUUUACAUAUCCACCCGUGCUGCCAAGCAUUACCAAAGAGAUAUUGUUCGUGGGGUGGAAGGUUAUAUAGUCACGGGAUCCAAACAAGUUGAAAUAGGGACGAAACUGUCUGAGGAUAGCAGGAAAUAUGGUUCUGAUAACACGUGUACAAAUGGUAACGUCUUGACUAAGGCUGCACUGAGCUUUGGCCGUGCUCGGGCACAGAUGGAGAAAGAGCGUGGAAAUAUGUUGAAGGCUCUUGGUACUCAGGUUGCUGAGCCAUUACGGGCAAUGGUCAUGGGAGCUCCAUUGGAGGAUGCUAGACAUCUUGCUCAACGUUAUGACAGAAUACGCCAAGAAGCAGAAGCUCAGGCUACAGAAGUUGCCAGACGCCAGGCGAAGGCGAGGGAGUCUCAAGGCCAUCCUGACAUCUUGACGAAACUGGAAUCUGCUGAAGCUAAACUUCAAGACCUAAAAUCAAAUAUGACAACAUUGGGGAAGGAAGCCGCUUCUGCUUUAUCUUCCGUUGAGGAUCAACAACAAAAGUUGACUCUUGAACGACUUAUUUCAAUGGUUGAAUCUGAACGUGCCUACCAUCAAAGAGUCCUCCAAAUACUUGAUCAGCUCGAAGGAGAGAUGGUAUCUGAGAGGCAACGUAUUGAAGCCCCCACUACUCCCUCCGCAAAUGCAGACAAUAUGCCACCACCUCCAUCGUAUGAUGAAGCGAAUGGAGUGUUUGCAUCUCACAUGCAUGAUACGUCAACAGAUAGCAUGGGUUACUUCUUGGGAGAGGUUUUGUUCCCGUAUCACGGUGUGACAGAUGUCGAGCUGAGCUUAACAGCUGGUGAAUACGUUGUUGUUAGAAAGGUUACUGGCAACGGAUGGGCGGAAGGUGAAUGCAAAGGCAAAGCCGGUUGGUUCCCUUAUGAGUACAUCGAAAAAAGGGAACGAGUUCUUGCUAGCAAAAUCUCUGAAGUCUUUUGAGAAAACUGAAGGUAACAUUGUGGUUUGCUUUGCUGGGGAAUUGAGUUGUUAUUGUAGAAGAGUUGUGUGUGUUCUGUAGAAAGAAAAAGAAAGAGAGAUAAGGUUCACCGGGCGAUACAGAAGUCCAUGUUCAUGAGUAUAAAGAGCUGAUGCAGAUUUCUGAAUCUGAUAGUGAUGCCACUUGAACAAGAGUUCAAUUUUUAUGUAUUAUCUUAAUAUUGGAUUUGGAUCCUCUUUUUGGCAUUUGAUGUUAAUCCCUAAUCUUUAUCUAUAUUCAUAUGUGAAUACACUUCUUUUUUGGAUUUUGUCUUGUUACUUUUUUUCCAAUUACUUUCACAUUGUGAUUCUUUUUCAAAUAUUGGUGUUGCA